GCGACGUGACGCGUCAGUCGGGACGAAGUCGGGUCGCCGCUGCUGCUGCUGCUCUCCGGUCCACUAACUCACAAUAAACGAGUUCCCAAUGAGCCACACGAGGACAUCCCUGCUGCCCAGGGCGCUGCUGCAAGCGGCCGGAGCGCACUGUUGUAAAGGUGCGAGGAGAGCAAACCUCAGAGUCCCGGGCUCCCGUGGGGCCCUGGCGGCGACGAGGACCAGCCUGCACCUCUGGCCCGCCACCUCCGUCAGCCACAUACCCAGCCGCAGCUUCAUCAGCCUGGCCGUUCCCCUCAGCACGCGCAGGAUGGAGUACACCGAGUGCCGGACAUUAAGGUAUACUCCAGAGCAGAUGUACAACGUGGUGGCCGGUGUGGACCAGUACCAGCACUUUGUCCCCUGGUGCAAGAAGUCUCGGGUCGCGAAGGGACGAAACGGCGACGUGCGGGCAGAGCUCGAGAUCGGCUUCCCCCCCGUCGUGGAGCGCUACACCUCUGCGGUCACGGUCGUCCCGAACCACCAAGUCAGAGCUGUGUGCACUGGUGGAUCCCUCUUCAGCCAUCUUGAAACAAUAUGGAGGUUUGCCCCUGGAACCAAAGACCUACCAGACUCCUGCAAAGUGGAUUUCUAUGUGUCGUUUGAGUUCAAGUCUCUUCUGCACUCCCACCUGGCCAACCUGUUCUUCGACGAAGUGGUCAAGCAGAUGGUCAGUGCCUUCGAGUCCCGCGCAGCAACGCUUUACAGGGACCAGCAGGUCUCAUUGAGGGGGCGGGCAACAUGAGGCAACAUGAGGCAACGUGAGGCAACAUGAGGCAACGUGCUUCGACCCCCCCCCCGUCCACGUCCACAUCCCCUUGGACCUGCGACUGAAUGCUGCCAGCCUGCUGCGCUCACCUACUACCAACACUUCCACACACAGGAGACUGGAUCUCCUUUUUGCACUCUCAUUCUUGAGUUGACACGCACGGGAAAUAUACUGAAAGCUAUUUAUUUAUAAGCCACGAGCUAAUUUAUUUACCCCCCUUUUUUUUUAUUAUAAAUUUGUUGUACAGAUAGCAAUAAAAAAAAAAGUUUGUUUCAAAUUA